AAGGCCUUCCCCAGCCCCACCUCCUGUUCCCCGGCGUGGGCCAAGCCUCCCAGAUGUCCAGUUCCAGAUGCCUGGUCUCAGAGUGGGGAAAUUACCUCUGGAGAAGCCCCCACUCCACAAGCUGCCGAGGCAAGAUGUGGUGGCUACUCCUCUGGGGAGUCCUCCAGGCUUGCCCCACACAGGGCUCCGUGCUCUUGGCCCAGCAGCUACCCCAGCAGCUGACAUCCCCCGGGUAUCCAGAGCCAUAUGUCAAAGGCCAAGAGAGCAGCAGUGACAUCGAGGCUCCAGAGGGCUUUGCCGUGAGACUUGUCUUCCAGGACUUUGACCUGGAGCCGUCCCAGGACUGCGGGCAGGACUCUGUCACAAUCACAGCCAAUGGGAUGGAUCCGAACCGGUUCUGUGGGCAGCAGGGCUCCCCGCUGGGCAGCCCCCCUGGUCAGAGGGAGUUUGUGUCCCCAGGGAAUCGAUUGCGGCUGACUUUCCGAGCACCCGCCUCCUCUCAGGACAGGACUACUGGCCUCCACAGGGGCUUCCUGGCCCUCUACCAAGCUGUGGGGGUGAACCACAGUCGGACCAGGGGGGGCUCUGAGGCCAUCAGCAUAGCUGAAGACAACUCCUCCAAGAUCCAGAACCACUGCCAGGAGCCCUACUAUCAGGCAGUGCUGGCAGGGGCACUCCCCUGCACAACCCAGGGCCUCUGGAGGGAGACACAGGAUAGGGAGGAGCUUCCUCGCUGUGAACCUGUCUGUGGCCGGCCACUCACCCCCAUCGCCCAGAACCAGGAGGCCCUCAGUUCCUCCAAAGCCAAGUUGGGCAACUUCCCCUGGCAAGCUUUCACCAGUAUCUACGGCCGUGGAGGGGGGGCCCUGCUGGGCGACAGGUGGAUCCUCACCGCCGCCCACACCAUCUAUCCCAAGGACAGCGUCUUUCCCUGGAAGAACCGGAGGGUGGAUGUCUUCCUGGGCCACACAAGCCUAGACGAGAUGCUGCGGCUGGGAAAUCACCCUGUGCGCCGUGUCGUCGUGCACCCCGACUACCGCCAGAACGAGUCCCACGACUUCAACGGGGACAUUGCCCUCCUGGAGCUCCAACACAGUGUCCCCCUCGGCCCCAGCCUCCUCCCGGUCUGUCUGCCCGACAGUGAGACCCUCUACCGCAGCGGCGUGUUGGGCUAUGUCAGUGGGUUCGGCGUGGAGAGGGGCUGGUUAACCACUGAGCUGAAGUACUCCAGGCUUUCCAUCGCCCCGAGGGCGGCCUGCCAGGCCUGGCUCCAAGAGAAGCAGAGGUCUGAGGUGUUUUCGGACAACAUGUUCUGCGCUGGGGAUGAGAUGAGGCACCAGAGCGUCUGCCAGGGGGACAGUGGUGGCGUCUAUGUGGUAUGGGAUGAGCGCGCCCAUCACUGGGUGGCCACGGGCAUCGUAUCCUGGGGCGUCGGGUGCGGCAAGGGCUAUGGCUUCUACACCAAAGUGCUCAACUACCUGGACUGGAUCAAAGGAGUGAUGGGGGGGGAAGGACUGACCCUGGGGGCGCUUGAGCAGUGACCCUCAACUCUGGAGGCCCCCACCCCGAAAGGAGAGGGCUGGGAGCUCAGACUGGGCUCGGGGACGGGGAUGGGGGCAGAGAAUCUCUAUGCAAGCUCCUGCUGCCCUAUCCCUCAUGCGACAGAACUCCUCCUCCUUCCCAAGGUCCCCUCCUCCUCAUCCUCUCCCUUUCUUCCAGUUUGCGAGUUUGUGCUCCGCCCAAGGAAUCCCUGUACAUCUCAGCCGGUUGCCUUUAAACUUCAUCUUCUGGGCGCUUGGGUGGCUCAGUCAUUAAGUAUUGGAUUUCAGCUCAGGUCAUCAUCUCCUGGGACUUCAUGAGCUCCAGUCCCAUAUGGGGGGUGAGCUCCAGCCUCAUCUCUCUCUCUCUCUCUCUCUCUCUCUCUCCCCCCCCCCCUCCUGGGAUUCUCUCUCUUUCUGUCUGUCCCUCGCUCACUUGCGCCCUCUCUCUCCCUCUCAAAAAAUAAAAUAAAGCCUGGGGGGACUCAGUUGGUUAAGCGUCCGACUUCCGCUCAGGUCAUGAUCUCACAGUCCUGGAGUUCGAGCCCCGCGUCAGGCUCUGUGCUGACAGCUCGGAGCCUGGAGCCUGCUUCAGAUUCUGUGUCUCCCUCUCUCUCUGCCCCUCCCCUGCUCUCUCGCUCGCUCUCUCUCUCUCUCUCUC